UUUUAAAUGUUUACUGUUUUGUUCAAAAAAAUUAAAAAAGUUCUUUGCGUUAUUGUUUACUAAACAUUACUACAAGCAACUAAAAAAAUGUUAUUAAAUAUAAAAAAUAUCAUUAUUGAUUAGAUUUAUUUUCAUAAUUAACUUUAAAUCUUUUAUCAAUUUAAUCAAAUUUAGAUAAACAAAAUGAAUCAAAGAGUAAUCAAUCUAAAGGAUAAUAGUAAGGGUGCAAGAUUAAAAUCUAUUUUAGGAAUUAUAUUUUAUUUCUAUUGCUCUUACAUUUUAUGCACUUCUUUACUUGGUUAUCUAUUAUAUUAGACUAUAGUACAUAAAUCUAUUGGAUCUUUAGCUAUUAUCAUAGUAGUUUGCACUUAUCAAUAUGGAUUUGCAAAAAAAUCAGAAACGCUCAUUUCAUUUUUUAGAUACAUGAAUCUUCCAAACUAUUUUAACGAGUGGACAUGUACACUUGAAGAGCCUGUGAAGGAAAGUAAAGCUUUGCUCUCAUAUCACCCACACUGCAUAUUUAAUUUUACUUUUAUGUGGAAUGGUGUUCACAAUUGCUAUAAUCAUAUAUUUUUAGCUUCUAGGAUGCUCAUUAAUGUACCUUUCUUAGGUAUAGCUGUUACCUUAAUGGGUGUAUAAAGUGUUGACCCAGGUAAUAUGGCUCGCUUGAUGAAGUAAGGUAAAAACAUAGGUGUUCUUCCUGGUGCCUUCGAAGAAGCAUGCCUAACAAGUUAAUAUGAGCAUAGAAUAUACAUAAAGCAUAGAAAAGGUUUUAUUAAAUAUGCUCUUAAGUAUGGAUAUACUAUAUAUCCUUGUUAUUCAUUUGGAGAAAACUAGGUUUAUUGGACUUUUACUCAUUUUUUGAAGUUUAGAAUGAUAUUGGCAAAAAUGAAGUUAUUGUCAGUAUUGUUUGGAUCAAGAUUUGGUAUAGCUCCUCAUUAUGAUGUUUCAAUGCACUCUGUUGUUGGGAAAGGAAUAGAAUGCCCUUAAAUAGAAAACCCAUCAAAAGAAGAUGUUGAAAAAUAUCACAAAAUCUAUGUAGAUGCCAUAGUAAAUCUUUUUAAUAAAUACAAGAAACAAUUUAAUUAAGAAAAUUAGGAAUUGGUUUUGUACUGAAUUUCUAAAUUAAAAAUAACAAUUUUAGAAACUUGAAAAACAAAUUACAUCAUUUAUGUAUUUUUUUUAUUUUAUAAUCGAAAACAUUCAAUUUAUUCUAAGAUAAACAUAGUAGAAUUUAUGUUUUUUAAUUAUAUCAAAUGUGAAACAUUAACUUUAUUUAUUUAAUAAUAAUAAGAAAUAUUUACGUCAAUUAGAGCUAAU